GUUCGGUCAGAUCUCUGCACAAUAUAAUGAACGUAGGUCCAAAAGUCAGUACAAAGCAGCGCCGUGGUAGCUCCAUUUGAUGAGCUGCGCUCGGAUGUCAACUUACCGCAGCAUGUUUACAUAAUCCUUUACAGUGAUUCAAUUAUGUAAUGCAUCAAUCAACCCUAACAACCAAUUCAUUACAACAUCUCCACAUUCUCUCCUUAUCACGCUCACACACACACACACACACCGAGCCAUUUGAAAGUGUGGCAGUGAUUGUUUGGUCCAAAUGACAAGGUUUUGGCACCGAAGUUGAUUAGCCAAAGUUGAUGGGCCAACCAAUGUUGUUUUUUUUUGCUCCUUCCGCCAAUAAAUAAAGCACCCUCCUUCCCAUGGGGCAUACUUCCCGCCUGCCCUUCCUUCCCAUCCUCCGAAACCCCUGAGAUGAAAACGAGCUUGUGUGCAUCCAUUCGUGUGUGUGUGUGUGUGUGUGUGUGUGUGUGUGUGUGUGUUCGUUUCGUUUCUUUGUGUGAAAGUCACGUCCGCUGAUGGUGCUUUAUGUCACGCCGCGCGCCUGAAUCAAUGUCACAAAAUCAAUGGCUUCGCAGGGUUGACGAGGUUCAAAGCUUUCAUAGUAAAUCGGGACUAGUGAGAAGCGCCCGAUGCGGUUGAAGGUUCUUUCAGAGGUCAUGGUUUGCCUGCUAGUAACGCGGGCCGAGCGUCCUCACUGAUAGCUAUCAAUCAGUUUUAAAUGUGUAGAUUCCGUGUAGGUCCACCCCAGAACAACUUACCUACAAUUUAAGGAGCUACGCUGACGAGUAAGUUUCCUUGUGAAGAAACAAACCGGAUGACUGCUCCACGAUUCUAGAGAUCUACUGCCAACCAGCGAUGCACUAACGCGUAAGUUGCUCCCUGUCGGACGAAACCAGAGAUCUGCGGCAAUAGUACUCGGUUGUUGUGCCGCCCUCUCGACACUCUCUCCUGCAACAACGUGUCCAGUGGGAUGUGUUGAAGAUGCCACUGCAGGUGAAGCUCUAGCACGAUCACGCUUAUGACACCAAACACGUGACGACCAAGCAGGUGUGUUUGUGUGUGUGUGUGUGUGUGUGUUCGCGCCGAGCGUGUCUGUAUGUGUCGGUGUGUGAGGGUGUUUGUGUGGCUGUAUUUGUUUAGUGGAUAGGCAACGGAUCGGACGAGGUUGGACGCCUCCGAGCUUGGAAUUUCAGCAACUUAAACAAAAACGAAAACAAAAAACAAAAAAUCAAAAACCUACCAUAGGGACACUACUAGCCAAAGCUAGCAGGGCAAAACGGUAGCAACACGCGUCAAUCAACCAUUCAAACAUGUGGCAAAUUCUGAUAUUUUGCUUCCUCAACUCAGUACAACUCAACAAUGCGUUGCGAAGCGUGCACCAGAGAUCGAUGGCGGCUGGCCGUCUGGAGAAUGUAACACAGACAAUAUCGCGUAUACUGGAAGGUUAUGACAUUCGACUAAGACCAAACUUUGGUGGGGAACCACUACACGUGGGGAUGGACCUCACGAUAGCGAGCUUUGAUGCAAUCUCGGAAGUGAAUAUGGAUUACACUAUCACUAUGUACCUAAACCAGUACUGGAAGGACGAGCGGCUGGCAUUUAACGCGUUCGCCCUGUGGGGAGACAAUCAGAAGGAUCCAACCGGCGAGAUCAUGAUAGAGGACGACGGGGCGAACGAUGUGAUUACGCUGUCGGGCGACUUUGCGGAAAAGAUCUGGGUACCGGACACGUUCUUCGCCAACGACAAGAACAGCUUCCUGCACGACGUGACCGAGCGGAACAAGCUGGUCCGGCUGGCGGGUGACGGUGCGGUCACGUACGGCAUGCGCUUCACCACCACGCUCGCCUGCAUGAUGGAUCUGCACUACUAUCCGCUCGACUCGCAGAACUGCACGGUGGAGAUCGAAAGCUAUGGCUACACCGUGUCGGACGUGGUGAUGUACUGGCGGUCGACACCGAUCCGCGGGGUGGAGGAAGCAGAGCUGCCACAGUUCACCAUCAUCGGUUACGAGACGAACGAUCGGAAGGAAAAGCUAGCCACCGGCAUUUACCAGCGACUGUCCCUGUCCUUCAAGCUGCAGCGCAACAUCGGCUACUUCGUGUUCCAAACCUAUCUGCCCAGCAUACUGAUCGUGAUGCUGUCCUGGGUGUCGUUCUGGAUCAACCACGAGGCGACGUCGGCCCGCGUGGCGCUCGGCAUCACGACCGUGCUGACGAUGACCACCAUCAGCACGGGCGUGCGCAGCUCGCUGCCCCGCAUCUCCUACGUCAAGGCGAUCGACAUCUAUCUGGUAAUGUGCUUCGUGUUCGUGUUUGCCGCACUGCUCGAGUACGCCGCCGUCAACUACACGUACUGGGGGGCGCGCGCCAAGAAGAAGAGCAAAAAGAACAAGGAAGCCGAGCGGAAGGUGUUCGGCAAAACGGAAAAGACCUCGACCUGCUCGGCAGACGACAUCAUCGAGCUGCAGGACAUCCGCAUGAGUCCGAUCGCGUCGCUGCGCAACCGCCACUACUCGAACACGAUCACCACGACCGACAGUGUCGACUCGGCCAAGUUCCCACCGAGCUUCCGCAUCGCCCGUUCGUAUGGGUCGAGCACCCGCAGUGGUCUACGGUACCGCAGCACGAGAGGCCAGGGCCGACCGAAGAUGCUGCACGCGAUCAAGCGGGGCGCCUCGGUCAUCAAGGCGUCCAUACCGAAGAUCAAGGACGUGAACGUGAUCGACAAGUACUCGCGGGUCAUCUUUCCCGUGAGCUUCGCUGCCUUUAACGCCGGCUACUGGAUAUUCUACGUGCUCGAGUGACCCACAGUCAACUAAGAGCGCAGCAGGCACUUACUAGCAGCAGUAGUAAACCAUACGCUCUGUAGACUAUUCCGCGUACGACUCCCCCUCCUCCCUUCCCCCCAUUCAUCCACCUCCUACCCAUGAGAAUGGGGAACCGAUUUAUGCAAGCUCCGUGCAGGCGAUCAAACGACCGGAACUGUCAAAGCGAGCGACUGCGCCGAGUGGCAAACGACAACAAAUGUAUCGCACUCGUGCAGGAGAGGGAUGGAUAGAGCAGACAGGAUCAGGUCCUCCCUUUUUUAUGUUUUAAAGCCCUCCCUUGCCCCUCCAGGUCCAGUUCAUCCUACUCUGCAUCUGGCUCUUGCUCGUUCAGCUCAAACUCUUAUCUAUUCGAUGUGCAGGGAUCAGCGUAUUCGGCAACAAAACUAAACCAAACGACUUAUAUCAUUGAUGACGACAUGGAUGGAGAAAGCGUACCAGAUGAGUUUCACGCUUGAUUGCCAGCGGACGAUGAGCAAUCGCACGUGGUAUAAACAAGCAAAAGUGGAAAUAAAAACCAGCAAACUCAACAAAAACAACAUCAAAACAGUAUAGGCAAAAUUAAGGCUUGACGAAUUUGUAAAAAUAACCACAGAUAAUCAAAGAUGCAGUCAUAUUAUUUUUUCCAAAACACACCAACACACAGAAGUAAAGAUAAUUACACUACAAAGAAAAAAUAUAAAAAAAUGCUUGUCG